AUGCGCUCGAGCUGUGUCCCGGUAGCGCCGCGUCAGUUCACUACUUCGGCGCGUCUAUCCGUGACGUUGCAGCAAGCAAUGCGCGGUGCACGACGGCCGCACCGACCACCGGUGAACCGCGUACCUGCAUUGGAAGGGUGUCCUUUUGUGAAAGGUGUCUGCACCAAGAUCUUUACCUCGAAACCGAAGAAACCCAACUCGGCGAUUCGUAAAAUGGCGCGUGUUCGCCUCUCCAACGGACGCACAGUGACUGCGUACAUCCCCGGAGAGGGUCACAAUCUACAGGAGCACAGUGUUGUACUUAUGCGAGGAGGCCGUGUGCAGGAUGUGCCCGGUGUGCGGUAUACCCUUGUGCGUGGUGCACUUGAUUUUGGCGGCGUAGUUGGACGAACAACGUCUCGGUCCAAGUACGGGGCAAAGCGACCCAAGUCUAUGGCAUAA